AUGUUCGCUUGGCUCAAAGGGCCGGGCAAAGCAUUUCGAAAGCCCCUCCCUGGCAGCAGCAACUACCUCUCCGCCUACGACAGACAGGGUAACUUGAUACGAAAAGGACGAGAAGAGAGGGAUGACCGGGGGAGAUUCGCCGACCUGGGAGAAGACGAGGUUCUCAAGGAGACGGAAGAUCGGGAUGGUCUUCCUAAGGAAGGGGCGCGCGAUCUGAAGCCCUACCCAUUGAAUGCACAGUUCAAGAGCCAGCCGGUGCUGUCGGAAGACCUGAGAAGGGCGAUUAAUGAGCUGGUCACGGAGAAUGGCAUCGACUUGAAGGCAGUGAGUGCUGCAUUCGGGAUCGAUGUGAGAAGAGUCGCCGCGGUCGUGCGACUCAUGGAGGUGGAGAAAGCAUGGGAGCAAGAGGGCAAGCCUUUGGCCAAAGCAUACAACGACGCCGUCCUCGCCAUGCUGCCAACCACCCCCUACCGCCCAAGCAAUCCGCCCGCACACGAACCCAUCAAUGAUCUUCCAGUCCACCCAUGGACUCGCCAACAAAUCUUCCUCCCAACCAGCGAGUCCCGCGUUUUCACCCGCGCCGACGCAGCAAAGACCUUCCACCCCUCCCUCCUCCCCGCCGACGAGCGCAUCGCCCACCCAGAACUCGUGCAAAUCGCCAAGUGGGAGCACGAAGGCUUCGACCGCGAAACGCGGCAGCGUCUGAUGCGCGAGAAGGACUCCGAAUCCGUCGCGCGGAAGGAGAUGAAGGAGUACAAGCGGAAGCAGUGGGAGCGUCGGACGCAGGUCACUGUUCCGGGUCGCAGGUGGGAUUUCAAGUUCCAGGAUAUCUCGGCGGAGAAGGUGAAUAAGGAUGGGAGAGGGCAUGAGGCGGUGGGGAUUAGGUAUGGGAUGCCGCAUGAGGAUCGAAAGAAGGGGCAGUUCAAGAUCCCGACGAAGGUGGAGUGA